AUUCCGAUCUCUCGCCCCAGUCUCUUACUCUCUUGUGUGUUACAUGCACGACCAGUACAACAGUACGAUAGUGACGGUUAGGAUGGUGUAAUGUGCAGACAAAACUGCGUGAAUUUUGAUCUCACCUCUUAUUAUUUAGACGUGAUCGGUAACGUGUUUAGGACUGUUACUUAAUGAAGAAAACCAUGGCUUCUACCACUUGGCUAACAAGUAAUAACACUACACAGCCGACCCGUGAAUUCGUGUUCGAACAAAACUCAACUUUCGCCAUCAACAUUGUCAAAGAAGCAUUAGGCGAGAAGGUAGAUUUGUCAAAAGAUAAAAUCUACAGGACGUUAUCAACAUGCGUUGGAGAAGUGUUGGCAAAUUGUGAAUCUCCUAUGCAGCAGUUAGUAAAUAGACUAGACCUUUCUCGUGGUAUAGGCCAUGACAAGUUUGCUACAUUGGCUGAUGAACUGUUUGAAGCUGAAAAUGGCUUUAUUGUUCUAUGGGAGAGGAUUGUGACUUUGUUUGCCUUCACAUGGGUACUUAGCAAGCAGCUACAUACAGACCCUGUUGUGUCAUCCAGCAAUAUCAGCAAGAUACUUGCCAGCUACUUAAAUGACAAAAUUACUCCAUGGAUCUUGCAACAAGGAGGCUGGAUUAAAAUCUGUAACGAAUUUGGAGAUGAUGCAGCUGCCUCCAACAAGUGGAAGUACUUCUUUUUAACAGGACUUGGUAUUGGUCUGGUCGCAACAUAUAAAUUGACACAUUAAUCUGUAAUUUUUUUCUUGUAUGUGUAUUGUAUGUUUAUUUAAUUUUAAAUGAUUACAAUUAUUCCACAAAUAUACAAUUAAACUAAAA